AUGGCCCAACCCAGUCCCAAUUCCAGCACAAACACCAACCCCUCCUCGACGACACCCGCAGCCGAGCACGGAUGGAAUGGCUCGAACUUCCUACCCAGUGACAGCUGGCUCAACCGGACGAAGAACUUCUAUCGCAUGGCAACGAGCCAAAUGUCCGCGGAAGGCGCAGAGAAGUACUGGUGGGACGCCGACCAGCGGAACAGCACAUUCGACUGCGCGCGGUGCGAGAAGAACCGGGACGAGCUGCUGAAGACAUCGCCGAUCAUUGUCUUCAUGCGUCAGAACAUCAAGUCCCUGGGCGGUGACAUCGGUCCGCAUAACAUCCGCUGUCGGACCUGCCCCGAAAAGGCCGAGGGCGGGUUCGACCACGAGUAUGGAAUAAGGAUCUGUGCGAACUACGUCGAGACCAAGAAGAAGCUGGAGGACGUGAUGGCGCAUGAGAUGGUGCAUGCGUAUGAUCAUUUGCGGUUCAAAACGAAUUUGGAUCGCGAUACGGAUCUGCGGCACUCGGCGUGCUCCGAGAUCAGAGCCAGCAAUUUGAGCGGAGAGUGUCGAUGGGCGAAUGAAUUCUUCAAAAAUGGUUUCAUGAAAUUCACCAACCACCAUCAAGACUGUGUUCGGCGAAGGGCUGUUCUUUCGGUUAUGGCGAGGCCGAAUUGUAAGGAUGAUGUUGAGGCUGUUAAGGUGGUGAACGAAGUAUGGGACAGUUGCUUCACGGACACCCGACCCUUCGACGAGAUAUAUCGGUGA